UAAGCAACAGUGUGGCCCGCGUUGGAGCUGCACUGCAGAGGCUCUGCCCCGGGGCAGUGGGCCGGGUCGCGUUGGCCCAGACUGAACAAGGGGCUGCCGCCUGCCGGUGGUGGCCAGCUUUGGGAAAGAGUGGACCGGGUUCAUCAGAUCGCACCCGCGCUUCCAGGGAAUCAACGAGGUGCCUACGGAAAUGAAUAGAACAAGACCCCGGAAAAACAAUACCUUGGUUCAUUUUUUAAACGAGGACGAUUAUCUAGAAGAGCCUGCUCCGCUUCAGUCUUUCUCAGAACAAACAACCGACAAAAGGAUGGAUAGAACAUCUGGCUUUUCCUCUAGAAUCGCUGAAGAAGGAACUACUUUUAAGAGGAAAGACUCUUCCUUCCAGAUCGCGGAAAGAGAACAAGAUCCAACUUUAAGAGAUGGGUGGAGGAAGUCGCCAAAGAAUGUACCUAACACAAAUUCUGCCUUCUGCGACUUGAUUGAUUUCGAUAGGGAUAGUCCCCAAAGAGAGAGCCCCUCUGACUGGAGCAAGAAGGAAUUAUCGACUGCCUCACAACGCAACAGGAAGAAAUGGUCUGAAGCAACUCCAAAACUCCGUCUGUACCUUCUAAAUGAAGAACUGAGGAAACUUAACCAGAAAUGCUGUGAGAUAGAACAGGACUUUGAAAACGCCGAGAAAGAACUUUUGAACUGCAGAAGAGAAGCGAUGACGAGAGCAGUCAAUUUUCAAGAACCAGGGACGGCUGCUUCAAAGAAUGACCGGGAACUGCAAGCUUUAAAAAACGAUCUGUCUGAAAAAACGAAAAACGUAAAGAACAUAACCGAAGAACUCCAGCAAGCCAAAGAAGUAAUGUGCAGAUUGAAUCUAGAGAACAGAAAGUUGAAAUAUGCCAUCAGGAAACUGAAACAUCAAACUGAAAUCAGUACUGCACUCCUCAGAGAAGAAAUGAAGCUCUAUUUUGAGCUGGAGAUGGAAAAGAUCCGCUUAGAUCUGGAUGCCCUCAAGCAUGAGCUGAGAACAGAGAAGAGCCAACGCGUAAAGAACACAAGAGCCUUGGAGAUGCUUGGAAGACACUUUGCUUCCGUGAUGAUGAUGCCGACCACCGCUGACCACAUCACAGGCAAUACUUUUUAAACUUAAGAAAAGAAAGAAAAAAAAAAAAGAAAAACCUUUCACUGGGCAAGUUAUGGAGCCAAAACCAUGUUCAUUGUACUAUAGAUUUGUGUGCUGCUAAAACGUAUUUGAUAGCUUGUAAUCUUUACUUCUGGUGAAUUAGAACACCUACAAACUAUACAGUUGUUGACUUCAAAGGAACUGUUUUCUCCUCCUCAUGAAUACAUUGUGAGCUUCCUAAUGGAAACUGCUGAAAUCACUUUUAUAUGAGAUAUAUAUGAUGAUGUAUAUAUCUCAUUAGAAAAACAACUCCAGACUAAUUCACUACAUCAUGUAUGAAUUCAAAUCAGCAACAUUAUGUGAUCUUGUUAGCUAUGUCUUUGGCUCAUGGAUGUUCUUCCAUCUGUAGUAAUCAGUAUCAACAAUAAAAUCUU